GGAGAUGAACUAAACUGUAAACAGUAAAAACUAAAAUCGGUUGUUUGCCGAGUAGAGGACUGAGUCUGUGGACAAACAAGCAGCAGUAAGUUAGUGUUGCACAAGUGCCCGCAACACUUGCAGUUGCAGCACCCGCCUUGCUCAUCCGCACAGGCGCGAUGAUGUUCCGGGAUCUGUUAUCAUUGCUUUCGACCGUUGCUUGUGUUGCGAUAUCCUCGGACAGUGCAGUAGCGUACACUUGUCCUGAACUAUGCAGCUGCAGUGAAUCAACCUCGGACGUAUUGCCUGGCAGUGGCGCUAUUCGAGUCCACUGUUCUUCAAGGAUACCGACGUUUGAUGACCACACUGGCUCGCUCGUCCAAGCCCUGACUAUCACAAGCAAUGAAGUCUCAACUCUAUCUGCCGGAAUGUUUCAGUCAAUUCCCAACUUGAAGCAUUUGUCAAUAUCUGGUGGAAAUGUGGAAGCAAUUGCUGAUGAAGGUGUGUUUGGCAACCUGAACCUGCUUCAAAACGUUGACCUUGGCCAAUCCGCAGUACAAUGUCACUGCACGCACUCCAUCAGCUUUCUGCAUGCCUUGUCACGUCGCCCUGGAACAUCAGUAUCUUUGGCAUGUACGCGCGAGGGAACACCCCAACAACUGAAGACAUUGACUGUGGAGCAGAUAGGCUGCUCUUCUCCAUCUUGGCGUCAUCGUGCCGAACCAGAUAUAGUUCGGGCAGCAGUGGGUGAUACUGUAAAAAUCCCAUGUUCUGCUCACGGACAACCAGCUGUACACACGACAUGGGAGCAUGAUGGGCAGCCUGUCAGACAGCGUGAAGGUGUGUCUCUCAAGAACAAUCACCACUUACGCAUUGACAAUGUCCAGGCGAGUGACAGCGGUGUGUACACAUGCACAGCGGCUAAUCCUGUUUCAGAGCUCAGCCAGUCUGUGAGAUUGAUAGUGCUGAUGGAGGCCAGUUCACCUGGUCCUUUUGCUGGAGAAAUUACAAAUGUAGAAUCUGAAGUGGAUUCUGCUGGAACCGACAAUGAAGUACUGACUAUACAUCGUAUCGCCGGCGGAGUGGAUGCUUUGAAAAACCAGUUACACGCAGCCUUCGAUAGGAUCACAGAGCUGGAAGCACAGUUAUCAACCCUAAACCAGCAGACUCCCUCACCUACACCACCGGUGGACAUGCAGUUUAGCAUUACCCAAGAGGCAAGAAUUGAGGAGCUAGCAGCAGCUGCUGCCAGUAAACUGGUUCAGCCACUAACCAAUAGGAUUGCAGAGUUGGCUCAGCAUCAAGAGAGUCUCCGGGAGUAUGUCAUGAGUUCUGCCAUGGCUGAAGAAGAUGACGAUGAGUCCCCGCUAAAUAUGGCUGAAGGUCAGGAAACAAGCUCAAUGCCGGAUGAACCCCGCACAGCUGGCCAAACAGCAGGCAGUGCUAUCGAAACACAGUUAUCUAACCUUGAACUAGAGGUGCGAAGGUUGUCAAGGGCAGGUUUGAAUGCAAGGCAAAGCAGUGAAGUGCGCCGGUUGUUGCAGGUGGUUUCUAAUCAAGCCCAGGGAGCGGAACGAUCGGUUCAGAACCUUACAGGCCGUGUGGCCACGCUGGAGAGAAUGUCUGAUUCGUUGACGGCAGGUCAGCAAGAGGAGUUAAGUCGCCUUGUGAGUACAAGACUGCAGCCAUUGACAGAGGCAGUCAGUCAAGUCCAGCAAGAAGUUAUUGAGCAAGAAAAGGAGACUCAGCAGUCCUUCAUCACUGUUGUACAAGAUUUGCUGUCUUGGUCUAAUGAACUGACUUCUCUCAGGAGCACAGUCAAUUCGGUUGAGGAACGACUAAACUCAACAAGACCUCAAGUGCAAAUGAGUGAGACGACGCCUUCUAACAAUGCUGCUGCCAGUAAUGAGGGGCUCACUGUCUCUCAACUUGCCCAAGUCGAUGGUCGUAUACUAGCAAGAAUUAGAUCUUUCCAGGGUCAAUUGACCGUAAUCCAGCGAAGCUCAGGUAGCCUCAAUGCGAAGGUCAAUGCACUGGCAGCUGAUCUUGAGAGACACUCGCUCAACCAAAUGAAGCUGAAUGUAUCUCUUCUGUCCAAGUAUGAUGAGCUGAAGGAUGAAAGCAGUCUAGUUCAGCUCCUGAUAUCAGAUCUGAACAUCACUGGUCUUCAGGAUACAACAACUGUGCAGCGUAAUGAAGUCAUGCAACUCAUUGAAUCUCAAUUAAUGCCCAUCAGGGUGUCAGUGGAACAGAACCGCUUCAACAUAUCACAGAACCGUGGCCUAAGUCCGUCGCAACUCAUGGAGGUGCAGAGCAUUAUCCUGGGGAGAAUUGGUCCACUUUUUGUUCAAGUGAACAAUGUUCGUAACACUGCCAGGCAGGCAACUAGGCAGGCGGAGAGUUCAUCUAGUAGCUCCAGACAGCUGACAUUGGACUUGCAAGAGAUAGCCAGUGCAGUAUCUGCUCUGAACAUCACCGCUCGUGCUGGAGAUGCUAUGUUGGAGCGCAGACUUGCCAUUCUGGAGUCGAGGCCACCUGCAUCAUUGGAUACUGAUGAUGGAGGUGAAGAUACUGAUGUUGACACUACUGCAGUUAGCAGUCUUCAGUUGCAAAUCAACACGCUACAAUCUGAGAUUGAUACAGUCAAUACUGCUAUUUCCAACAUCGACUUUGCCAACUUCCAACAGUCAACAAGAGAUGAGCUAUCAGAAAUCCCUAACCGCAUCAGCACCGCUGUAGAGCCGCUCAAUCAACAGAUCAGUGACCUCUCUUCUACUCUUACCAUGACUGCUGCUGACAUUGCCAAUAAGAUAUCUGAUGUGGAAAAUCAGAUAUCUGUGAUCAACAUGCAGAUCUCCCAGAUCAACUCUGGUGCAGAUACUCCUCCCCAGCAAACUACAACUGGCAUCCAGCUCAGUGUCAUUAGGCAACAGAUCAACACAGCUCUGGAGCCAAUCCAAGCCAAGCUAGCCCAGCAUGAGUUCAAUAUUUCCGGCAGCGGACUCAAUCCAGAACAAUCCAGGGAAGUGCAAUCUCUGUUAUUGGCAAGAUUUGGUCCUCUACUUCUUCAAAUGAACAAUGUCCGCACUUCAGUACGCCAGGCUAACCGACAGGCUCACAGCUCCUCCACACUAUCAACACAACUGCAGGCUGACUUACUGGUGGCCACACGUGCCUUAGCCAGUCUGAGCACAACGGUUAACUCCAAUGAUGAUGCAGUGCGUCGCAGAAUCACUGCAGUGGAGCUAAAAAUUCCUGCAGUUGUGGUGGAUGCCAGUGAUAAUUCUGAAGAUGCAGGCAACGGCAAUGAAGAUACAGACAAUGUCAAUGAAGUGAUCAGUAGUAUUGAUCAACAAAUCACCAUGCUCUGGGCUCAGAUCAAUUCUGUUAGCCACAAAAUAUCAGAUCUAAACAUCACUGAGCUGAGGGAAGCAACAGAUAUGCAGUACAGCUCUAUCAUUCAGCAGGUUGACGAGGUUAUCAUUCAGCAGGUUGACGAGGCACUGGGACCUCUUAGAGAACUAGUUGCUCUAAACCGCUUCAAUAUAUCAAACAAUGGACUGAAUCCGUCACAGACGGCAGAAGUGAUUAAUCUGAUAUCACAGAGAUCCCGUCCAGUGCUUGCGCAAAUAAACGGUGUGCGCAACACGGCAAGGCAGGCUGUCCAACAGGCUGGUAGAUCAGCUCUCCUAUCUACUCAAGCUCAAAGUGAGUUGAGAAGAGUAUCAAGCGUCCUCACCACCCUGAAUGCCACACAGCGAACAGAAAAUGCUGCACUCAGGCGUAGAAUCAUGGCGGUGGAAAGAAGAUCUCCUGCAGGUACAAGUGAUACAGGUGACCAGGAUGAAGGAGAUAUCACCGACGUUGUAGAUAGCGAAUUGAUUAAUGGCCUGCAGGAGCAGAUUACAUCACAUCGGACUCAGAUCAACUCUCUCAGCGAGUCGCUCACCAGCUCCAGUGCUUUGGCUCUUGAUCAAAUUUCUCAGUUGGAUGGUCGUGUACGCACUCUUGCCAGAGAGGCUAAUGAACUAAGUGUUGCUGAGCAAAACAAUGUAAAUGAAUUGAUCAGAGUGAGUGCAGCAGUAGCUGCUGGGCAAAUUGCUGAUCUCACUACCCAGCUGGAUUCCACCAAGAGUCAGCAACAAGUGCUAUCAAGAAUGCUACCAAUGGUGCAGAACAGACUGGGAUCAUUGGUUACUGAUUUCAACACCUUUCAAAAUACUGCAACUACCAAUUUCAACGAUUUGGGCUCCAGGAUGUCAACAGUAGAAUCCGAGGUAGCGACUUCCAACCUUGCCGGGCCGAGUGAGGCUAAUGGUGAUGGUGGUGCCAUCAGCUCACCUGCCUUGUCCGUCCUGCAAGAGCAAGUGCGGCAGUUGACUACUAAUCUAAGAAGUCGCAACAGUGCAGUGGAUGCCAGAAUAGCAAUGCUAAGUGAACAGAUUAGCAAUGCAUCCAUGCAACUUAGUCCUGCGCAGGCCCAGGAGGUUAGCAUCGAGGUGGUUACAAGACUUUCCUCGCUAUUGCUUUCUCUCAAUCGCCUGAAUACUGCAGAUAGUCGACUCAGCCAACAGAUUCAACGCUUACAGUCACAGAUCACUGCUAUACGCCAGCAGCAAGUAACAUCAACUAGUCAAGUGCCUGCCACAGACAGCCCUUCAACGCAAGCAGGCAGUAUUGUUGACUCGGCCGUUCUGAAUGAACUUCGAUCUGGAAUAGACGAUGUUUCUUCACAACUGAGUGAUCUCACAACUACGGUACAAGAACGUUUCCUGACAGUGGAGAUGCAACAGACUAACGCCACUAAUGAUGUACAGUCAUUGGCAAUCACAGUGCGUAAUCUUCGACGUCAGCAAUCAAAUGACAAAAGUGCUAUAGAUUCACGUCUGGAAUCCCUUGAUACCCGAUUGGGAGAGACUUUAUUGCUUGGACCAGCACCCGUUAUUUCUCGUCUGAAUAGACUGGAGAGUGAUCGUGAUGGGCUGCAGCAAGCUGAACGUAACUUGAGAACUAAGAUCACUGACGUCAACACUCAACUAACAUCUCUAUCCUCCACUCUAUCUGGCGUGCGCAGGCUAUUUGAUCGCAACCGUCAAGACCACUCUCGCCGUAUCAGUACAGUAGAAUCAGGUUUGCGCACGGUUUCGUCACGAUAUCGGUCUGCUGCUCAACAGCUAGCAGGACAAGCAUCAACCAUGGCGACAGUCCAGUCGGAGCUAGAAAUGCUGGAGGAGAAGUUGAACAAGAUUUCCAUGGAGGUAACAGAACAUCAUAAUGGAAGUACCAAGCACAUUACCAGUGGAGAGGUCACUCUGCUCGUAGUAAGGGGUGUUCAAUCUGUUCAGCGAUCAUUGUCGGGACUACUGUCUAACUUCCGAGGUCUGGAAAGACGUCUUAGCACGGUGCAAACAGCUACAAGUAAUUCUGCAGAAGCUGUGAGCAAUGUGCGCACUGACCUGGAUACUGUGCGCACUAGCCUGGAUACUGUACAGACUGGCUUUAGAGAUCAGGUUAGCAUGCUGGUGAAUGUUAGCUUGGUAGAAGAAGCACAGCGACUGCAAGCAGCUGAUGACCAACGUGCUGCUGGUAUACAGGAAGAGCUGGAAGAUAUGCAGCAGACAAUUGAAACGAAGACAAGAGAUCAACAGGACGAGUUCAAGAGAGAACUUGCAAAUGCCAAAGAGGAACUGAGACAAGAAAGAACGGAAGCCUUGGAUGUGCUCUCAUCAGAAACACAGUGCCGAGGAGUGGCGAAAUUGAAUGUGAUCAAGCCUCUCCCAAGCUACGAGCUAGCGGAGCUGAACGAGAACACAGGUUACGGUCAAGAGAUCUUCACACAUAGCUUUGCUCAGUACAAGCAAACUGCUAACACAACACUGGAGCUUUACCUCAGUGCUACCGUUGUCGUGGGAGCCAACAGCAAGCUGCAAUUGCUCAUCAACCGAUCACCAUGCCAACCAGCAGUCAGUGGUCUGGUUAGCAGCAUCCGGACGCGACGACCAGUCGGAGUGUUAUUGACUGGAUUCUGCUCUGUGCCGACACCCCUGUCUGGCAUACAUGCUAUUUCUCUCUAUGCUAUGCCAAGUGGCUCCAGCACAGGAAAUAUCAGAGUAUCUGAAGUGCAGUUGACUGCCAAGGAGUUCUGCUAAACCUACGAGUAUUACCUAUAAUACCUAGAGCCUAUGAAGCCUAACUAAAUAGUAAAUAGAUAGGCUAGCUGAAAUAAUAGAUAACACUAGCCGAAACAAUGAAUGAACAAUACUAAUAAUUAGGACUUGUAAUCUAUGCACUGUAUGGUGUACGGUGUACUUCAUUCUUAGUCAAAACACAAGUUGCAGUUUAAGGUUAUGCACUAAUACUCCCUGCCAUAACCAUCUUCUUGGUAGCAGUUGAUGCUUGCUGAUAAUAAUUGUUUCUGAUAAGUGACUGCCGACAUACCACUCCGGUACCGCCCAUACUGCAGGUCUUCUCAUACGGCAAUAGCAUACAUACUACAAAAUUGUAGAGGAGUUGUGGCACUAUCAGCAAACUAUGUACCGUGCUGUGUUGCUACCACCACGUCAAUACACUCCUGGACAUAAAGAUGCACAGUACAAGUACAUGUGAAUAAAGUGGAGAAGUUUUCAGUGACAUUCUUCUGUGAACGCAUGAGCUUGCAAAAAACGCACUACCACUUCCCCAAUUGGAAUACUGUGCAUGUACCUCACUGGUGCUUCGCCUGUUCCUCCAGGUAAGAAUAAAUUCACUAAAUCAACUGUACGGCAGCUUGAUCAAAUUCACCAAAGCAGCAUGAUCAUAUUAAACAGUUAUUCGGAAAGAAUUCUCACCGUUUCCCAUUGCAUCGCCUCAUGGAGUGCUUGAGUUGCUUCUUUCUGGCCAAUGUCAA